GUGUGUGCUGCGUGUGAGUGUGUGUGUGUGUGUGUGCUGUGUGUGAGUGUAAGUGUGCCCUGUACUUCCGGCCCAGGCUCUCACCCUCUUCAGCACCUCUGAGUGCUUAUGAAGGACCGCCGGGUCGUCUCCAUGGCAAGCAGCCGCUCCAGGAGCUGAGGGCUGGCGCACAGGACCAUGGCGGAGCAUCGCCAAACCGCGUACGCCUUGGCCAUCCUGGCGUGCUGCUUCUCUGGCUCGUCCACACUGGAUAGCCCCAAGUUGUCAUCUUAUGCCAAGAACGAAGACAGGCUAUUCAAAGAGCUCUUCAGCAACUAUCAGAAGUGGGUGAGGCCAGUGGAAGACCUCAACGCAACAGUGCGGGUCAAGUUCGGCCUGGCCAUCUCUCAGCUCGUCGACGUGGAUGAAAAGAACCAGUUGAUGACAACAAAUGUCUGGAUGAAACAGGAGUGGAUAGAUAUGAAGCUGCGGUGGAACCCUCAGCACUACUUGGGUAUCACCUCCAUCCGAGUCCCCUCCGACUCCAUAUGGAUCCCAGACAUCGUGCUCUAUGACAAUGCGGAUGGCCACUUUGAAGCCACCAUCACCAAAGCCGUGGUGAGAUACGAUGGGACCAUCUCCUGGACCCCUCCUGCUAACUACAAGUCCACCUGCACCAUAGACGUCACCUUCUUCCCCUUUGACCUCCAGAACUGCACCAUGAAGUUCGGCUCCUGGACGUAUGAUGGCUCUCAGGUGGACAUCUUUCUGGACGACGUCGAUGUAGACAAACGGGACUAUUUCGACAACGGCGAGUGGGAGAUGGUCAAGGCGACGGGCAGCCGAGGGCUGAGGAUGGACGACACCUGCUACUACCCCUUCAUCACCUACUCCUUCCUCAUCCGCCGCCUCCCGCUGUUCUACACGCUCUUCCUCAUCAUCCCCUGCAUCGGCCUGUCCUUCCUCACCAUCCUGGUCUUCUACCUGCCGUCCAACAGCGGCGAGAAGGUCUCCCUGUGCACCUCAGUGCUCGUCUCCCUCACCGUCUUCCUUCUGGUGAUCGAGGAAAUCAUCCCGUCCUCCUCCAAGGUCAUCCCGCUGAUUGGCGAGUACCUGGUGUUCACCAUGAUCUUCGUCACGCUCUCCAUCGUCAUCACCGUCUUCGCCAUCAACAUCCACCACCGCUCCUCGUCCACGCACCACGACAUGGCCCCGUGGGUGCGGCGCAUCUUCCUGCACCGUCUGCCCAAACUGCUCUGCAUGCGCAGCCACGUGGACCGCUACGCCACCACCACCACCACCAGCAGCAGGGGGCAGCAGCGAGCAGGCAGACUGGACACGGGGAGCUUCAUGAAGGGCCCGGCACAGGAAGAGGCCACCCCGCUGCUCAGCUCCAGGAACAACCUGCAGGCCGCUCUGGACUCUAUCCGCUACAUCACACAACACGUGGUGAAGGAGAACGAAGUGCGAGAGGUGGUCCAGGACUGGAAGUUUGUUGCCCAGGUUCUGGACCGGGUGUUCCUGUGGGCCUUCCUGCUGGUUUCGGUUCUGGGUUCUGCUCUCCUCUUCAUCCCUGUCAUCUACAAGUGGGCCAACAUCAUUGUGCCGAGCUUCAAUGACAUCAGCAGCUGAGCCUCGUGCCUCGGACCCCAUUAAGACACAGCACUGUACUGUGCAGCAUGCUGAUGCCACCCUGAACCCAAUGCCUUCCAAGCACAAGCACUCUGACCAUACGCUCAUGACCUCAUGACCCCAUGACCUUUAUCAUCAGGAGGAGUUCUGAGUCAGAGGAAGUUCAUAAUAUGUGUCACUAAACUGUGUUCAGUCAAGCACACACAGUGCUUUGCAUUGAAAAAGGAGACUACAUGAAGGGGUGAUGUGAUGGACCAAGGCACUUUUGGAGGCUGUGUUCGAUUGAUAUGAACAGAAAGAGAAAGCCGUCUCUAUAAAUGUCCUGGUUUAAGAAAUGCGGUACUAGAAGAGAGUAAAGUUUCCAAAACACCUCAUGGCAUGUCAAAGGAGAAGAGCACCUAUUUACCAGAGUCAGUAACUGGAUAAAUGUAUCUGGAGAGUUUAGCUUGUGCUCUAAAAAGCAUUUGCUUCAUUACCUGUUUGGAUAAUAAACAUUUU